CCUGCUCGGACUCCCUCAUCAGCACACACUAGGCUUGAUUGCUCAGGUUCUCUGGCCCCUCGCCUGUCCCUCGGGCUCUAGCACACGCUGAAGCUAACUUAGAGCCAGGUGACUGACCGAGUCACUGAGUGAGGGACUGUUUGGGCAGCUGCCCCACAUCCAAAAGCCUUAAACUUUGAUCAAUUUGUUGAAUUUCAGGUUUGUUGGGCAGGCGCAAAAGCAGCAUAUCGAUUGAACUGGGCAGCAAACAGCGGUUUGGAAACCUUCAAACGUACUUUCCCAAAUCGCCAAAUUUCGGCUUUUGUUGCCAAGGUUCUCUCUUUCUGUAUAUGUUGGAUUGAGUUUCUGAGCUGAAUUUCAAAAAAGUUCAAAUCAAACUCAUAUUUUUCGUUAAAUUUUGUUGUUGGAUUGCAAUGCCAUGAGCUGAUUGCUGAAAGCACUUGCCGGAUCAGAUGAAAGUUCACGUUUUUCUUUUCGUUUUUCGAUUCGAGAUUAAAAGUCGUUUUGAUUUGUUUCUUGGUGGAUUAGAGGUGGAACCCAAAUCAAUGAUGGACAUGGCGAUGAUUCCAAUCGUUGAGCCGGUGUAUAUCGGUUUGGUCUCCUCGGACCGGGGAAAUUCUACCCCUUCAACCAAACCCAGAAAGAAGACUAUGACAUCGGUUUAUCUCAAGUUUUUCGAGACGGCUUCUGACGAAAAAAGCCGCCGGUGCAAGUUUUGUGGACAAAGCUAUUCCAUUGCAACUGCCACUGGUAAACUUCUUUGUCCCCUCAAUGUAGUUGCUUGUGGUAGUUCAUUUUUCCUUGUCGUUGAAGGUAAUCUGGGAAGGCAUCUAAGUAAUCGCCAUCCCGGUUAUGAUACGUCCGGCGAUGUUGUCACCAGUCCUGCACCACAACCCGCCACUGUAUACCGGAAACCUCAACCUCAAUCUCAAUCAAAAGCAUCACAAAUGGAUUACAAACCAGGAGUAUGCAGGAAGUAGUAAGAUCGUCGCUGGAACAUGUUUCUUCGAAGGUCUCUAUCACGCUUGAAUUCUGGACUUCCUAUGAGGAACUUUGUUAUAUGAGCGUCACAUGUCAUUGGAUCGACGAGAGUUGGUCUUUCCAAAAGAUGAUGCUCGAUAUCUGUCACAUACCUUGCCUUUUUGUUGGAAAAUGCCGCUUGAUACAUCAACGCGGUGGAGUGGCGAUUGUCAGAUGCUAGAUAUUGUGUGCAAGGCUUCGAAGUCCAUGGAUGCUGUUAUCAGGAAGUAUGAGACACUAGACAGUAGGAUGCUGCUGAGUUCUGCAGAGAAGAAUGCAGUCAGUCAGGUGCAUCGAUAUCUCGCCAUUCUACAAAAUCACAUAUCCGAAACAAUUGCUGCUUGCAGAGAUUCUCACCUUUACCCAGAAUCGUUAAGAAAUGCCGCUAAAGAAAUGGCCGAAAAGGUUAGUGGUUACAAUAACCAGGUCUGCAACAUAAUCAUAUACAUGACAGCGGUUCUUGAUCCUCGAAUUAAAGGAGAGCUAUUUCCCGAAAGCCUCAUCGAUAAUUUUCUUGACGAAGUGAGAGCUCAUGUCAUCAGAAACUAUUCGACCAGCCAUUUCCCAUCCGUGGCUGGCGGAUAUAGUGCUCAAGAAAUGGAAGAGGGAUGCAAUGUCUAGUUUGCAGAGGACAUUGCACGAAAGAAACGAAGGGCAAGCAUGAGCAGCGCAACGGAUGAGCUCACUCAAUGUCUGUCGGAUCCUCCAGCUCCACUAGCAACUGAUGUUCUGGAGUGGUGGAAAGUCAAUAGUAUGCGCUAUCCACAGCUUUCUCUGAUGGCUCUGGAUUUCUUGGCUGUGCAGGCGGUUUCAGUGGCACCGUUCUGUGGCAAAGGCGACGAAAUUUACAAGCAACGAUUCUGUAUGCCGCGCGACAGCACGCAAACUCUCCUUUGCAUAAGGUCAUGGCUCCAGAGUGGGAUGAAAUUGAAGUACAAAACAAGUGAAAUGGAUUUUGAGCGGUUGAUGGAAUUGGAUUUGGAUCAUCUCCUAAGCUAAUGGAAAGGAUCAUCUUGACCAGUUAUCAUGAGAUCCAACGGCUAUAAUUAUUAUAACUUUAAAGGGACCCUCCUAUUUGUAGCCGUUGGAUAAAAAUCCAACGGCCCAUGAUAACUGGUCAGGAGGAUCCUCUCCAUUAGUUCAGGAGAGGAUCCAAAUCCGAUGGAAUUGGCAACAAGUGCUGCUGCAGCUGAUAAUACUAGUCAUGGCUCUAAGAGGAAACAGAAACAUUGACAGGAACACAUGGCAACACAUGAUUGGCUUGGAAUGCCGUCAACUUGGCCAUGGCAACUACAAAUCCCACUUAAAAAGGGGGAAAUUGUCAUCUUUAGGCAUUUGAAAUACUUUGUUGUAUGUUAGACCUCAAUUUCAUGUACAGUUUAAAAUUAUGGUACAUACUAAAUGUAAUCCGAUGAUUUGAAAGAGUAAAAAUUUGUUUUAUUUCUA